ACAGGCCAAGGUAAACAGACGGGGGCUGGGAGGGAUAAGAGGGCAGGCUGCAGCCCCACAUCACCCUCCCACCGCCAUGGACAUGCCCUGGCCCCUGGGGUGGAUUCUACUCCUUUUGGGGACCCCCUGCGCCCACGCUGAGCCUCUGUACAUCCUGGUGACCCCCCGAGUCCUGCGGGUUGGCAGCCCCGAGAACAUCCACGUGCAGGCUCACUCGGACUCCAGGGGGCUGCUGACCAGGACCUUCAAGGUGAACCUCACCGUGUGGGACUUCCCGAUGAGAAAGACGGUGUUGGCCAGGAGCCAGCUCAUUCUCUCGCCGGACAACCACUUUAUGAACCAGGCACCCGUGGUGAUUCCAGAGAGCACGGUGUUCCCCCCACAACCCGGACAGCAGUAUGUCAUCAUCCGGGCAACCUGGGCAUCCAGCUCGGCCUCAUUCAUGGAGAAGAUGGUGCUGGUGGCUCCCCACGCUGGCUACAUCUUCAUCCAGACAGACAAGACCAUCUACACCCCUGACCACUUAGUUCAAUACCGGGUGUUUGCUGUGAACCACAAGCUGGAUCCUGUGACCAAGACAUUCACUCUGGACAUCAAGAAUCCAGAGGGCAUCACUGUGAUCAGCCAGGAUCUGCUGGCCAAGGAAGGUUUCUACACAAGCUCCUUCCACCUCCCAGAGCUCAUCAGUCUUGGGACCUGGAGCAUUGAAGCCAGUUACCAAAGUGCAGCCCAGCAGAAGUUCAAGGCGGCCUUUGAUGUGAAGGAGUACGUGCUCCCGUCUUUUGAGGUCCAGUUGACGCCAAACAAGACUUUCUUCUCCCUCAACGAUGAGGCCCUGGGUGUGGACAUCAAGGCCUGGUAUAUAUUCAACAAACCAGUGGACGGACAUGCUCUGGCUCUCUUCGGGGUGAAGCUGGAUUCCCGCCGGACGCCCAUCCAGAGCUCCUUGCAGAGGGUUGAGAUCUCGGAAGGCCUGGGCCAUGUCUCCCUCCGGAAGGAUACAUUGAUGGCCACAUUCCGAGAUCCGGAAGGGAACUUCACGGGGGCCUCAAUCUUUGUCAACGUUACUGUGUUCUCCUCAGGGGGUGAGAUGGUCCAGGCCGAGACCUCCGGGGUGAAGAUCGUCCAGAGCCCAUACAACAUCAAGUUCACCAGGACACCCCAGUAUUUCAAGCCGGGGAUGCCUUUCCACUUUAGGGUCUUCGUCUCAAACCCCGAUGGGUCCCCAGCCUCCAGAGUCCUCGUGCGCUGCCAAAACCAGAAAAUGUACACCUCAGACAGUGGGGUGGCCACUCUGACUAUCAACACCGAUGCAAAUCUGGAAAAGCUCCCUAUCCUGGUGGAAAUUGAUGAGUCCCUGCAGCUAAAGGAGCCGGCUUCAGCCAGGAUGACAGCUUGGCCUUACUCAACUCAGGAUGGGUCAGGGAACUUCCUGCACAUCGAGGUGAAGACACUGGGUACAGAAGUUGACAGCAACCUCCAGCUGAGCCUCAACACAAAACAUAAGAAUCCGUCAGCCAGGGACCGUAUCAGUCACUUCACCAUCCUGGUCCUGAGUAAGGGCCAGAUCGUGUAUGCCAGGCAUCAGUUAAAAAGUCAUGGGAGUGUCUACACUGCGGCCAUUAUUGAUGUGACUCCAGAGAUGCUGCCCUCCUUCCGCAUACUGGCCUUUUACUUACUGCCCAAGGGCGCAGGUCAGGACCCUGAGCUGGUGGCUGACUCCAUAUGGAUUGACGUGAAUGACAGAUGCAUGGGGACGCUGAAGGUUGGCUUGAAGAAUGAAGGACUCGUCCAGGCUUUGGAGCCCAACAGCCAGGUAGAAUUGAAGGUGACAGGUGAUUCCGAGGCCACCGUGGGGCUGGUAGCUGUGGACAAGGCUGUCUAUGUCUUGAACAGCAAACACAAGCUCACACAGAAGAAGGUCUGGGAUGUGGUGGAGGAACAUGACAUUGGCUGCACAGCAGGCAGUGGGAAAGACAGACUUGCUGUGUUCAAGGAUGCUGGAUUGGACCUGAAGAUGAGCACGGGGAUGGAUACCCUUGCAAGCUCAGACUGGCACUGCCCCCAGAACGCCCAUCCCAGCCGCCAGCGCCGCUCCCUGAGGAGGCUGGAGAUCAAGAGGAAUACAGUGAACAAGUUCGAGACAGAGCUGGAGCGCAAAUGCUGUGAGGCUGGGCUCCGGGAGAGCCCUGUGGGGCUGUCGUGUGAGAAAAGGACCCAGCACAUCCGCUAUGGGCCAGCCUGCGUCGCCGCUUUCCUGAGCUGCUGCCGUCUGUCUGCGGCCCUGUCUCAGGAGGUCCGGGAGGAGCAGCUUCUUCUGGGAACAUUGGAUGAUGAUGAGGAAUUUGAUGACAUCUUCUUGGAAGACCUCCCUGUCCGGACCUUGUUCCCUGAGAGUUGGCUUUGGAGGAAGUUUACUCUGCCGAAAAGUGAAUCGGGGAUCUCCCACUACAGCGCUCUCGUGAACGUGCCAGACUCCAUCACCACGUGGCAGUUUGUGGCUGUGGGCCUCAAGACUGGACGAGGUCUCUGCGUCUCGGACCCCUUUGAGCUGACUGUCAUGAAACCAUUCUUUGUGGAUCUUAAGUUGCCCUCCUCCGUGAUCAGGAAUGAGCAGGUCCAGAUCCAAGCCGUACUGUACAAUUUCAAGGACCGCCAGGUCAAGGUCCGUGUGGAGUUCCCUCAUAAGGAGCCGCUGUGCAGCAUGUCAAAGCCAGGAGCCCCAUCUCGGCAGGUGGUGUCUGUGCCUCCCACCUCCUCCAAGAUGGUACCUUUCGUGCUCCUCCCACUUGAGAUAGGCAACGUGGAUGUGGAGGUCAAGGUCGUGGGCUACGGGAUCCAGGACCAUGUGAAGAAGACACUGCUGGUCCGGGCAGGAGGGCAAAUACAGCGCAUACCCCGUAGUAUCUUCCUGAACCCCCAAGGUCAAACCCAGACGGAGCUGCUACCAAGACAGGACUUUUUUAACAAGAUGCCCAAUACAGAAGCAGAAGUGUUUGUCAGCGUCCAAGGUGACAUCCUUGGUGAGACAGUCCUGGGCAGCCUGACACCUUCAGAAACACAGAAGCUGCUGACACUCCCAAAAGGCUGCCCCGAGCAGACGCUGAGCUCCCUGACACCCGUGGUCAUCCUGGCCCAGUAUUUGGAUGCCACUGGCCAGUGGGGCAAGGUCGGAGUGGAACACAGGGAAAAGGUGAUGAAGAACAUUGUCAGUGGUUAUACCCGGAUGCUGACACACCGGAGCUCAGAUGGCACCUACCACACGAGCAAGGGAAGCCCUGGAAGCACGUGGCUCACAAGCUACGUGUUCCGGGUCUUCACCCUGGCCUAUCGCAUCAUGACAAAUGGCGCACUCGACCUGCCCUCUCUCUGCGCCGCUGCCAGCUGGAUAGUCACCCAGAGGCAGGCGCAGGACGGCCACUUCUUGGAGGGGGGCCCCGUGGUCAUGGCAUCCAUGCAGGGUGGUUACAAAGGCUCCGAGGCAGACAUUUCUCUCACAGCUCUUGUCCUGAUUGCCCUGGAUGAGGGGAAGGAGCUGUGCAGCCAGAAGAUACCGAAUCUGAUUGCCAGCAUGGAGCGAGCCCGUGGCUUCCUGGAGAGAAAACUCCCCGACAUUCAGACAACCUUUGCUGUAGCCAUUGUCUCCUAUGCUCUCGCCCUCACCAAGAGUCCCCGAGCCAAUGACCGUCUGGACAGCUUUGCCAGCCAGAACAAAACCCACUGGCCAGUGGAGAACCCAGAGGGGCACUCCCUGUAUACUGUUGAGGCCACCGCCUACGCACUCAUGCAGAAGCUGGAGCUGGGCCGGCACAAUGAGACGCAAGCCAUCGCCAAGUGGUUACUGGAGAAUCGGGAGCCGGGAGGCGGAUUCAGGUCCACCCAGACCACGGUGGUGGCCAUCGAGGCCCUCACCCGCUUCCGCCAAGCUGCCCCCUUCGAGGGUGUCCAAGAUCUCCACGUCCAGAUCCAUGCCCCCAAGAGAGCCUUGAGUGUGAAGUGGACCAUCGAGCAGAACAACGCCUACCAGCAGCGGUCAGCAAAGUUCUCUGCCCAGGAUGACCUAGAGAUCAAAGCCAGCGGCAUCGGGACAGGCACCAUCUCGAUCCUGACCAUGUACUACAGGUCCCCAGAAUCCUUGGACGACAUCUGUAACAUGUACCACCUAAAUGUGACUCUCCUUAGUGCCCUGGAAGAGAAUAAGAAGGGGGAAGAGACCUUCCAGCUCCGGAUAGAAACAAGGUUCCAGGGUGACCGGGAUGCCACAAUGAGCAUCAUCGAGGUCUCCCUGCUCACUGGCUUCUACCCGAACCAUGAUGACCUCAAACAGCUCACAAGCGACGUGGAGAUGUACGCCUUCCAGUAUGAGAUCAACACGAACUCCAGUGACAGCACCGUGGUCCUCUACCUGGAGAAGCUCUCCCACAAGGAAAACUUGGUGCUGGGCUUCCGGGUCCACAGGAUGCUGCGGGCGGAGUUCCUGCAGGCCGCCCAGGUCGCAGUGUCUGACUACUACGAGCCCUCCUGGAGGUGCAGCUCCUUCUACAACCUGCCCACAGAGCGGGCCUCCCUGCGGAAGAUCUGCCACAGAGACGUCUGCCGCUGUGCCGAGGAACAGUGUCCGACCCCGAGGAAGGACAGCAGCCAGCUGGGGCAGGAGGAGCUCCAGGCCUUGGCCUGUGAGGUGGGCGUGGACUUCGUGUACAAGGUCAAGCUGGCUACUGUGGAGGUCUCCACCUCCAACCCCUACAUCUACUACAACAUGCAGCUCCAGGACAUCAUCAAGAGCGGCACAGACCCUGCCACACCCUUCACCAUGAAGAAAUUCGUCUCUCACACCACCUGCCACGAUUCCCUAGAGCUGCACGAACAGGAGGCAUACCUCGUCAUGGGACAGACAUCAGACCUGUGGAGGGUCAAAUCUGAGUACACCUAUGUCCUGAGCAAGGAGACGUUUUUCAUGCAUUGGCCAGUGGAUGGAGAGGUAGGCAAGAAGCAAUUGCUAGACCAGCUGGAGAAAUUUUCAGAAUAUAUCCGCACCCAUGGCUGUGAGUCCUGAGAUUCUGAGGCCUCUGCUGGUCUCAAGCAGUUGUCUUCAAGCAAGCCUGGACCACUAGGUCUACCCCAAAUAAAGAAUAUGAAAUAUCCUA